AUGACUGAUGACACCCCGCCGUCGUCACCGAGAGGAGGAUCGGUGAAGCUUUGGGUACAGAGAAGCACCACGACAUCUCAUGCUGCCGUGUCGCUCGGUAACGCCUCUGCAAAGCGGCCUAGGACAUACUUUCUCAGCCAGGAGGAGCCCUCCGAUGGCAGCCCUCCUGUCAAGAAGAAGAGAAAUACUCGCGAGACUCAAUCUACCAAAAGCUAUCCCCAAGAUAUUGCCCGCCUCACCCGCUUCGGCAAGGGUACCUUUGCCAUUGGCCACGGUCCGCUCCCUGACGAUAUCGACUGGACACAGAUACCGGUGCCCAAGAGCUGGGAAGCACCUGCCGAGGCAGAGCUCGGUCUCACACACGAGGCCGCAAUCGAGGUCGGUGGUGGAAUCGCCGCCCAGCAGCGCCCAGGUGGCUUUCGUAAGGGCGCCAACGAGAAGACUCAUGAAUCUACGAAGAAGGCCCUCACACAGCGCAUGAUCUUGGUCAAGCGUCAGGACGCCAUUGAGUGGGAUGACUGGGGCUCUUAUGACCCCGCGAAUACCAACUCUGCCGACUUCUACAUUCGCGGUUCUGAUAAGACGUACUGCAUCACCAUUAACAAUUCGCCCAAGUGCGACUGUCCUGCCAAAAAUACAACCCCCAAAACCACUGCAAGCACAUCAUAUUUUUCAGAUGUCCUGGUUCACAUUCUACGAGCGCCUGAGGCUCUCAUAUAUCAAAAGACACUCAUUGACGACGAAAUCCGGGCACUCCUGACGCAAGGCCCAAACCUCCGUCCUACCUUGGACCAGAUCAACAACGAUUCAACCAUGAAGGACGGCAUUGCCAAGGACAUAAUCGCACAAGAUUGUCCCAUCUGCUACCAGUCCCUCGGUGACGAGGCCCCCGUUACCUGUGUCACUUGUGGCCGCCAUGCUCACGAGUCUUGUCAUAAGAAGUGGGAGCACGAGAACAGUGGCUGGGGUCCUCUCAAAUGCCUCACCUGCCAAGAUAGUUGCAGCAACUCAUGGGAGCUCAGUGGCAUCAUGUCAGGAUAUCUUUUUGUGGAGCGCUAA